AUGUGCCUUAAUGCAAAAAAAAAAAGGAAAAAAGUGUUUAAAUUAACGCCCUUGCUGCUGUGCUACCAUCUCGUCUCCCGGAAAUAUUAUUUGUCAAACCACAAAAAUAGUGGACAUCUUGCCCGCCAUAACCGCAUCCACACCGGCGAGCGCAAUUUCUCGUGCCUGAUGCCUGGCUGCCCGAGCAAGUUCUCGCGACAGGACAACAUGAUGCAGCACUAUCGGACACAC